AUGUCGUCCAACGGAGGCGCCUCCACGUACGAGGUUGACGACAAAACACUCAUUCGGCGUCGGUACUUCCGUGAGAAGCAGCGGGAGUAUCGCCGCAAGAUUUAUGAUGACGGGGCGAGUAUCAAAGCACAGUGCGUGCACCUUCAAUCGAUCAUUGCCGGUCUUCAAACAGCCAAGCCGCUGUCGGUCGCACCACGUGAAGCAAACGAUGGUCAGGUUGAAGAUCAGUACCCAUCGGCAAGCAUGUCCUCGAAAGGAGGUGCCUCCAUGUACGAGAAUGCCGACAAAAUUCCCCCUCGGCGUCAGUACUUUCGAGAGAAGCAGCGCGAGUAUCGCCGCAAGAUGAUUGCUGACGGGGCCGCUUUGAAAGCACAGUGCGUGCACCUUCAGUCGAUCCUUGUCCGUCUUCAAACAGCCAAGCCGCCGUCCAUGGUGCCACGUGAAGCAAGCGAUGGUCCGUUGUCCUGGCAUUCCAUUGCCAUGGUGUUCAAAAGAGAAGCCCAUCGUGUCUUGACGGACCGCCAGUCACUGAUUACUCAAACGCAAGAGUUACAAUCCCUCACGAAGGCCAUGCAACGCUUUGUCGUGACGAACAUUCAGCCGCCCAUGUCCCGCAGCAAUGCGUGGCAGAAUGCAACACUGGCGGCCGACCCGACGGCUCGAAACCUCGGCAAGGAGUGGCUCACGCAGCAUAUGUACCACAACAUACACGAGCCGUUAGCGUUUCUUCCAGCAGUGAGCUAUGGCGACGAGUAUUUCGAUGUCGACGCGCAAAUGUCAAACGACGAUAACCCGUUCGCGUGCAUUGAAAGGGCGCAGUUCACAUGGCCAGGCACGGUGCAAAUGUUUCGACGCCUAAUGGAGAGUAACAUUCAGGCGGUGGUGGAAGAGAUCACAGCCAACACGCGCCUGUUUCACACGACCACAUCCAAAGGCGUCUUCGUGAACUCACUCCGAGGCCACUUCUCCGAAGCCAACCGGUUCGUCAUGGUCAUUCGGGAAGUUGAAGAGGACGAAGUUUAUGUGUGUGACCCCCAGCACAAACAGCGGCACUUCAUGUCGUGGACCGAGGUGCGGCAGAUAUCGCCAACACACAUCUUACUGCGCUUAGUCACCCAUGCGUCUCACUUAUUUCGAGCCAACGGCAGGUUUGUGAGUGUGGACGAGCUCGCGGCGACGAGGGGCAUUAACCUGACGGGUAUCGACGACGGCGACAAGGACGCGUUCGUGCGGCGCGAACUGAUCCGACGGGGGCGUGCGGAUUUCGUGCCAUGGCGGAAACGUUUAAUGGACACGAUGCACCAGAGCGCGACAAACUAUUUGUAG